CCUCGAGCAUAACUUUGGAGAGCCUCUAACACAGCGGACCGUUGCCUCCGGAGAAGCAGCCACAGCCUUGGCCCCUCACGGCGAGAGGAGAUGAAGAGGAGGGUGCACAAGAAAUAUUUGAUACUGAUUCUCGCGUACUCGGGUUUACUUCUGCUUGUGCCGUACGUGCUCGACUACCGGGACAAAUCUGUUGAACACGGCAGACACGGACUGCCGCAGCAACAGUCGAGAUGCCCGGAUUUGGCGAACACUGUGGCGAUGCUGUGGGAUAAUAACGGAGUGAACGGGAGCGACGCAUCAUCCACGGAGCCCUCGGGGAACCGGAGCCAGUCUCGUAUACACAUCUACCUCCAUGCCACCUGGAGAACUGGUUCGUCUUUUCUGGGGGAGCUUUUCAACCAGCACCCCGAUGUUUUCUACCUGUACGAGCCAAUGUGGCACAUCUGGCAAGCUUUGUACCCAGGGGACGCGGGGAGCCUUCAGGGCGCAGUAAGGGACAUGUUGAACGCUUUGUAUCGUUGCGAUUUCUCCGUGCUGAAACUUUAUGCAGGGACCCAAAACAUAAGCACAUCUUUUAUAUUUGGGUGGAAAAUGAACAAAGUGAUCUGCUCAGAGCCGCUCUGUGACGCACACAAGAGGCACGAGGUUGGGUUGGUGAGACAAGAUCUGUGCGCAAAGUGCCAAAAGAAGGACAUUCGGGAGCUGGAGAAGGAGUGCAAGAAGUACCCGGUGAUGGUUAUCAAAGGCGUGCGCGUCCUGGACCUUAGCACCCUGGUGCCUUUGGUAAAAGACCCCGCGAUAAAUCUCCAGAUCGUGCAGCUCUUCAGGGAUCCACGAGCCGUCCACAACUCCCGGCUCAAGUCCAAGCAGGCCCUGGUGAAAGAGAGCAUCCAGGUGCUGAGGAGUAAGAAGCAAAAUGACAAGUACAAGCGUCUUCUGGUACCAAACAGGGUAAAUCGUGCAGAAAGCUACGUGUCCAGCGCUAUGGAGCUCAUAUGCGAUAACUGGCUCAAUGACAUGUUCCUGGUCACGAACUCUCCUCAGUGGCUUAAGCGGAACUACAUUAAAAUCCGCUACGAAGACCUGGUCAUGUACCCGAUGGAAGAGCUUCAAAGAUUGUAUCGUUUCUCCAACCUGUCCACCAAUGCAGCUCUAGAUAAGUUUGCUCUGAAUAUGACACAUGGACAGGGGUAUUCCUCAGACAGGCCGUUCUUGAUUUCUUCGAGGGACGCAAAAGAGGCCAUUUUUGCAUGGAGAGAGAGGCUGAACACUGAGCAGAUCAGUCAGGUGGAGGCAUUCUGUAGUGAAGUGAUGAGGCACCUAGGCUAUCAAAAGCACAGCACGGACAAGAAGACGUGAGCUGUCAUCAGGUAUGAAUACGUUUUUCUUCUUCCUACUCCUUUUCGAGAAAUGUGCUUUUCUGUUGUUUACAGUGUAUAUGUAGUAUACAUGAUUAUUGUUUCUCUCUUGGCACAGACUCAAAAUAAAAAUGAAUGAAUGAAUAUAUCAUUGUUUAAUUUUAAUCAUUUGUAUUUUGGAGUAGCUCUGGUAUGGUCUAUAUUUAUCAACAGAGCAAUCAGAAAGUAGGGAAAAAAAUAGUUUGUCUUAAAAAGUGGACUCCUAAAUCUACUGAAUGAUUGUAAUUACUUUUUAUUUUAAGAAAUUAAGAAAAUAUGAAGUUCCGUUUUGAAAGUUCUUGUAUCAGCAGGAUGUUUGUGGUUACACCAUGUGUCUUGGUUUUGUGCUGCUCUGAGCUUGAUCUACUGACCUUUGCCUCUUGACCUGGAUCAUUUUAAAUAUACAAGCGCCAUCUGCAAAGCAUUACACUCAACAUCAGUUCACAUACCAGACUAUGUGUAAUUUUGACUCCUAAAAUAUCUACGAAGGAAAGAAACUUACUUUUACAGUGUGCAAAAACAUACCAGCCCCAUGUACUUCUUCAGCAUCUGGAGCCUGCAUUGCACACUGGAAUUUGCUCAUGGUAUGGUAGCCCUUCAGGGACAAGCUGCUGUUACCAUAUAAGUUAACAACGAGUAACCAAGAGUUAAUCCUAGAAUAUGUCACAAAUUUUAUCUGGCCAUAGUUAUGCAGUUGUUCGUGAAAUGUUUGCAGUAUACAGAUAUUGAAUUAUUUCUUAUUUUAUGUCAGCAUGCUGUCCCCUGGAGCUAAAAAAUUUAUUGCUUUUAUAUCGUUCAGGACAGGUUAAAAAAAUUCAACUUUUGACAUGCAUGACUAUGGAUGAGACCUUAUUUUGUAGUGCUUUAUGUUUCUUUCAGGCUUUUUGGUACAAAUGCAAAACCUUUUUUUUUUUUUAUAAAUAUUUAAGUUAUUAUCAUUAUCUAGAACAACAAACAGAUUCAUGUUCAUGAAUUCAAUACAAUAAGGACCUACCAGGCUUUAAAACAAUUUUCCUCACAUAUUUAUCCACAUUUAUCUUUUUUUUUUUUUUUUCUGUGUACUUUUUCCGCCACCAACCUGGUACCUUUCUACAGUAUCCAACCCUGCUUUGUAGUUACUGUUAGGCAACAUUGCUUUGCAGUGUUAAAACCUUGUGUUUUUAAGUGUAAUACUGAACUAAACCAGGGAAUCAAUCAGGCAUUAUUGAAAAUACUACAGCUUUUUUCUGUUUUGGAUAAUGGUAACAUUUAUACAUUUUUGUGCAGUCAUGAGGGUUGGAGAGAAAUCAGAAGUCAAGAAUAUCUGUCCUCUGUAAAGCCUGAGUGAUCUGAACUUUAAUAGAGGGUGCAUUGUGCUCCUCUUGGACGACUGAGAAGGGGGUCGUUGUCAACAGCAGUCCGUGAUGGGAUAAACCCGGCAGCCUGACACCACCAGCAGUGCCUGGAGGGGCCGGGGCAGCAAGACACAAAAUAAUUUUUCAUUUUGUUUUAUAUAAGGCAGUUUACUCACAUCUUAGGGUUGUCAAAAAAAAUCAAGAGGGAAUAAAUAGUAGUAUACAGAAUAUUAAUUGCAACUAUAUGAGUUAAAAUAAAACUGGAAUUAAUAGGUAUUAUUGAGUAAUACAGUAACAGUUUAGUGGGAGGGGGAUGUUUUAUAGACUAAUCACUAAUUACAUCUUACAGCUUCUUUUGUAAUUAAAUGAAGUUUUAUUUAAUAGUUGACCUUAUAUUGACAAUAUUUUUAAGUAGAUUAUUUAUCAUGUGAUGUUUGUGUUUCACCUACCGCUGAUACAAAUCAUCCAAUCUAAUAGUCCUGUCUCAUUUAUGUUUGAUUGUUAAUCCAGUUCAUUGUCUCUGUUGUCUAUAUGUUUGAUUUAGCCUUAUUGCUCAGAGCUUUACUGUAAUGCUCUGAUGCUCUCCUUUUAUCCAUAUAUUGUACAUUAUUAUUAAUACCAUUAUCUUUCUCUCUUCUUGACAGGGGCACACCACUACAAAAGGCAUGGACACAAGUUCAUUUCUUCAGUGUUAAACUUUAUUGGACAAUAAUGUGGCUGGUAUAACAGUGGAUAUAGGGUUUGCUUUGUGCCACUGCUUUGGUCCUGCCUCUGUCCUUCUGUCCUUUUAGUAGCACUAAUCCCUUUUUAAAUCCGUGUGGUUGAGUCCAGGAAAAACCUGGUAUGGAUUUUCCAGAAAACAACCCGGACAACUUAUCCGUCCAAAAUGGAGCAACUGUGGUACUAGGACUGAAUUCACUUAUUACAUUACAUUACAAUAUGUACUUUUUAAUAUGGAAAUAGCAAAUCUACAAACUCCUAUUGUGAAGUGAUUAUAGUGACUACAUUGGUGGCUUUUACAUCAGAUGCCCUUCCUAAGGUAACCAGUUUAUUUAGGCUUGGGACUGAAGCCUGUUGCAGAUGAUGCUCAGUGGCUGGAUUAAACUAUUACAACUCUCUUAAAAUUGGUCCCAUUCCUCCUACCACAGUUCAUCUGCCUCCUAAUGUGCAGUGCUUUGCAUAGCAUUUUAAUGCUAGAGGAGUGCCAAGUGUCCCUCAGUAGUCAAAGUUUCUCCAAACAUAGUCAAUUAAGGAUAACAAACUAUUAUCUUUGCUUCUUCAGCUAUUAUGUGCAUGUAAAAGUAUUCAGUAAAUGCUAAAUCAAAGUUAAAAGUUACAUAAAAUAGUCUCAGCAGAAAUCGAUGGGAAAACUGCGCAGUUUAUCCAGGUUUGGGACCAGUUCUAUAAGUACAAUAGCUCAGUUACAGUUACAGUACAGUGUUUGAACAAAGUACAAGAGUCUCUUUGGAGGAACUGCAUUGUUUGGAAGCACACCACCGGCCUCUGAGGAAUCCAGACAGCUGCGGCACCCCGCUGACAGAACCCUCACGUGGGUGUGAAGUGUCCAACAAAAAGCUGCUCCUGUCCUCCAAGACUUUAUAGACUGUGAAACUUUUUUUUUUUUAUUAUUAACGUCAUGUAAUAUGUUUUUUUUUUUAAUUAUUUAAUGAUAUGCUGUGAAUGUGAAUCCCUCCGGUGUAUGAAGUGUUGUGGAGGGGUCUCCCAGCAUCAAUGCAUUCAACUUUAGAAGUUGGCUCAGUAAUGGUUUGGAAACCCAAUGUGGGUCUCAUGUAAAAAAAAAAAGAAAAAAAAAAAGAAAUAACUUUUAGACUAUUUAAACUGACUUUAAUAAAUGAGUUGGAAACAAACUGCAGUGUAUUUUUCUUAUCAUUGAUGUUUGCACAGUAAAAGCCACAUUUAAUUGAAUACACCAAGACCAAAUCCCUUUAGAAAUUGUGUGUAUAGUGGUCCAUGGCAUAAAUGAGAAAAGAAAAACAUAUAUUUAUUCAACUUAAGACUCUAUUUGUUCUUCAGUAACUGGUUUGUGACUCCCUGCAACUGUGGGCAUUUGGUGGGGAAUACCCGAAUUAACUACAGCAUGUUAAAAAGAAUUACGCCUACCAUUUAUCAUCACCCACAUAAAUGCAUAAACAUAAAUGUGUUUUGUUUUUUUUUGGUAUUCAGUGCAUUAUAGACCUCAUGUCCUCCCAGUUACCAGUGUGCAUUACCUAUUGGGUGAGGUGGUGAUAUAAAGGUGGCCAUGCAGAACCCAUUCUUUUGAGUUCCGACACUGUGCUAUUUUUGUUUUAUUCUGCAUAUUUUGCUCAUAUAUAUGUGAAGUGUGAAGUAAUUGGAGUUGGAUUAGUACAGUACAUCAUAAAAACCAAACCACAGUCACAGAGAGCAUUGAAAUGGUGUUACGGAUUGAAACUAAACCACAGUGGGAUGUUGAUUUGGUUAUAGCUUUGAAAGAUUUUACUGCUCGUGCUGACAUGCAGAAUGGUGCAGAGACAGGUGCACAAACUAAAAUAACACUUCAGGCUCAAGUUUCUCAGGUACAACAAAAGCAUGUAAAUAUAGUGAAGGACACAGUGAAUAACCUUGGCUUGAGGUGAAGUGCCAAGGCUCUGUCCAAGUCAAUUAUCUUAUUUUCAUUUAUAAAAAUAGACUCCUUGGAAAGUUACACUACAUCAGAAGACCAAUUCAGAUGCCAUAGAAACAAACACAUCAACUACACCAAUUUUUGCCUCUCUAAAGCCAUAAUAAAUUCAAAUGCUGUCUUACAGGGCAUCUGACUGAACACUCAAAAAAGAAAAAAAACAUAUUACAUAAAAAAAAAAAAAAAAAAAAAAAAUGAUUAGACUUAUGCUAUCAAUAAAUGUUACUCAGUCAUUUUACCUUUUGCAUCCAACAUCUUUUCUACCAGCCACAUAUUGGGUUUGGUGUAACUAUUUUAAGUGCCUUGCUCAAGGACAAAGUAACAUGCAUGGGUCAAAGAUGUAAAAUUGGCUUUCUAAAUACAUUACAGCCACCACUCCACAUGUCUUGUAUUUUUUAAACUUUCCUCUAUCGUUUCAGUUCAUUAAAUGUGUGCAUGAGCCAUAAACUGUCAGCAGAACUCACAUCUUAAUGUAUUACAUAACACAGAAGGGUCAAAUAACUUUUUAUAUCAUAGGCAAUCCAUGGGUUCUCACAGAAUGUUUUGAGCAAAACAAAUGAUGACGAAACUUCAGAACCUGUCCAACUGCAAUGGCUUGUUCAGAUGAAAGAUUAAAAAAACAAAAACAAAGUUGCGUUACUUUCCAUGGGAGCUUCACUGACAUUCAUUAUAACCCACAGUCUGUUACAUAACUACAUGCAGUUCCCCUUUCAAAUGCCCACAGUAGCAUAUAGCUCUGUUCCUCCUGCUGUGAAGAAACCAGAUUAUUCCAACAGUGUCUGGGUCUGAACAACAUCAGAAAAUGCAGAAUAGAAAGUGCAUGAGAGAAAUGUGUUGCUUGAAUAACUGGAAAUAUGUUGUAUUGAAAUAAUGCAUAUUAAAAUGUUA